AUAAGACGUCUUCUUUGCUCUAUCUCCUACAAACCCCAUUCUUAAACCCUCCCUUUUUCCGAAAUCCCUAGCCUGCUCGUUCGUUCUAAUGGCAUCCAACCAAGUCGAAGAGAAAGUCACAACCAACCAGCAGAAGAAGAUAACCCUGAAGGCGGAAGAUGGGCAUCUCUUUGAAAUCGAAAAGGUGGCAGCCAUGGAGUGUCUAGGCACAGUUAACAAUUUUUUCGAAGAUGAUGCUAAUGAUGCCGAUAACGUCAUCGUGCCAAUUCACAACGUCUCCUCCGCCGUGCUUGCCCAGAUCAUAAUCUACUGCAAUAAACACGCGGGGUUUCGCGAGGAGGAAGCGGAGGAGCCCCAGAAGGCGGAGAUGAGAGCGUUUGACGACGGUUUCAUAAAAAAUCAGAGUGUCGAUAUGCUGAAGGAGAUUCUUCUUGCUGCAAAUUAUUUGAACGCGAAGAGUUUGCUAACCUUGACGCUGGAUAAAUUUGCAGAGAGGAUAAAGAACAAGAGUGUGGAGUACGUUAGAGAGGUUUUUGGAAUCGAAAAUGAUUUUACAGAAGAAGAAGAGGAGAAAAUUCGAAAGGAAAACGCUUGGGCAUUCGAAGGUGUUGACAAAGAUUGAUAAAAGCUUUGUUAAUGCCUUGAAAUUUUGAAUUGAAUACAUGUUUUCAAUUUUUGUUUUAAGUGCUUUUUUUAUCUUUGUUCUUAGACUUUGAGUUAGUUUUUUUUGAAUUCAAACCGAUCUCAUAUUAGGUGUUACUUGAACUUGAGUAGAAAAUGAAUGAUGAGUUAGAUUUAGUUCAAAUUCGACUUAUAUGAAAUCUAAUAAACUAUUAUUUUGAUA